AUGGGGUCCGGAGAAAACGCAGCGAACUCUUCCGCCACCUUAGAGCUUCUUUCAAGGUACGACAACCAUGUUUUUGAACGAGACGAAACUUUAGCGGAAGUUGAAAGGGAGGACUGGACUGCACGAUCUUCAGGCAAUUUAGGCGCUCCAGGUGGGCCCAGUUACGAUGAGCUUCUCAAAGAAAAUGUAAAAUUGAGGUUGCAACUGCAAGAACACGAAACAGAGGUUGUAAGUUUAAGAAAACUCGUUGAAGUGCUAAAGUCAGACCGCAGCGCACAGGUGGACUCUGUUCGACAGCAAUUGAUAGUAGAGGAAGAAGGAAAAGAAGAUAAAAAAGAUUCAGAGCCGGUUCUACCACCACGAUCUGCCGAUAGAAAGCGGAAUGCUAAAAAUUUGAGUCUCAACUCCGUAAGUGAUCCCACAAUACCCGAUCUCAAAUUUCGCAGCCUUCUUUCUCCGGCAGAUGUCGGCCUCAACAGGAGUGUGCCUUAUAAUCACACUACGCCGACAUUACGGGAACCCGGCGAUAAUGAGCACGUUUUGUCGCCAACAGAACUUGAUCGCAUCCGAAGGUCUAGCUCUUCAUAUUCAAACUUCGGAGCAGCUAGUCCUGCCACCUCGGUCGCUUAUACAACAUCCAGGAUAUCGCCGUCGAAGAGUAACAAAAACUUCACAGCAAAAGAGGAAGAGUCGACGAAUACUGUUUCGAACAAGAGCGGAUCUUCACACCAAAGCGUCAAAGUCGCUACCGCGUCCAUACAUGAAUCUUUCAAUUCUCCGUUGAGGCAAGUCUCAAAUAGCAGCGGCAACCAACAUUCAACGGAGAACUCAGCACGAAAAGAGUAUCCAAAGAGUCCAGUCCCAAAUCUUCUUGCAACGGAGGCCAAUGCCGGUGAGUUCUCUCCUUCCUCAAAACGCAAUCUCAACAAUUUUGCGGACAUGCUGGAUUCUACUUUCGAAAGCCAGAGCAUCUCUUCCCCUCAAAGGGUACAAGCUAGUCAGCAACAUGGCACACGUGCACUGGGCUCACCAGUAGCUUUAAACAAACCAGCCGCCUCACCGAAACCAGGCCCAUCAUCAACCAGUUUCAUAAGAUAUCAAAACGCGUCGACCGAAGAACGUUCUCAGAUCAGCACUGUAUUCUCCUCGACUGCGUCGUACAAUAUCUCUGGCCAAGACCAACAAUCACCAAGGUCUUACAGCACCAAAAGUUAUCCAUAUGGAGAGAGCGACGGCAUCACAGACACGAUUCAAACAAGUCAAGUCACAACAACUUCAUCCGUCCCCGAUUCCCAGAGUAUGGUCUCGGAUAUCCCGUUGUUUCUGCAGCCAAAUGAACUCAAUAGUAUCCGAAUUGAAAUUCUGAGUACUCUUCAUCGGGAUCAAGACAGAUCUAAUGAUGAUAACUCCAUUCUGUUUAGUGUCAUCGACAAAAAGUCCGCAAAGGAAAUGUUCAGAUUUGCCAAAACUAUAGAUCGCAUCUAUGAGUUAGACGUUUACCUCAAAUGCCAUAUGGACACAAUCAUGCUUCCGCCGCUACCCGAAAAGCAGUAUUUUGAUUCAGGUUCCCCAGUCAAAAUAGAUUACAGGAGAGAGAAACUGAAUGAUUAUUUCAGCUGCCUCUACAAUUCUACAAAUCUCUCUCCGCUCAUAGCGCUCAAGAUGGCAAAAUUCAUAAGUACCGACACCGUGAUAAAUUCGUUCAUUGGCGGGUAUACAAAAGAAGGUGUUCUUCUUAUGCGUAAAAGCAAGGCGUUGGGAACCCCCAAUACAUGGCGUCUCACGUAUGGCGUCCUGAAUAAUGGUACUUUAUCGCUUCUAGAUCACGGCCAAGUUACAGAGAAUGUCAAACUGCAAAAUGCGGCAAUUGAACUCCAGGCGAACCUGCCAGAUGAUAGAUAUGGUACCAGGAAUGGAUUCAUUGUAACCGUGCCUAAAAAAAGUGGUCUGUCAAGUGGAACCAAGUACUAUUUUUGUUGCGAAAGCCCGAAAGAGAGAGAGUCGUGGGUCUCGACUAUUACUGAAUUUGUGGAGUCCUCGGUUAUGUCCAAUAGUUCCUACUACGCUAAAUCGGAAACCUCAAGCAUGCUAGAUCAUACCUCCGUCGGGGAUGCGGUCAGUGACUCAGCGCCUAGCUAUAUUGGCCCUAUGGUCAAUCUUCAGCCCACAAAAGUUUCAACUGCCACCAAUGCGGACACGACACCCACAGAAGAUGAACGAGAAUCCAAAAGAAGUCGAAUGAGAAGUUUUUUCCCUUUCAAGAAGGUAAAUCCCUCUCAGACACCCGAUUCUGAUCUAGCCACAGAAGGCGGUCAAACAAUAUCGGCACCCGGACUGGAUGAACUUACAAUCGCAAAAACACUCCAGUCUAUGAAUCUAGCUUCAGAAGUAUUAACGGACAAGGUCUUUGGCUCAGAUUUGAAUCAUUGUUUGUCGCUGAGUUCUCAACUAUAUCAGGGCAGGUUUAGAAUACCCAGCGUAGUGUAUCGAUGCUUGGAAUAUUUGUAUCGCAACCGUGGUUUAGACGAAGAGGGUAUUUUCAGAAUAAGUGGUUCAACUGUGCUUAUCAAGUCGUUACAGGAGCAAUUUGACAGAGAAUACGACGUUGACCUCUGUAACUUUAACGAAAAGGUGGUGACAGAGGAAAAUCAAAACUCCUACAGCACUGGGCUUGUUGAUGUUAAUACCGUCACCGGCUUACUAAAGCUUUAUCUGCGGCAGAUGCCUCACUCGAUUUUCGGUGAUAUGAUGUUUUCCGCUUUUAAAAAUGUCAUAGAAGCUAGCGAGAGUAGUCCGAGUCAGAUAGCACUGGAAUUUCGCCGAUUAUUGAAUUUGCAGGAAAUGCCGUUUGAAAAUGUGUCGCUGAUGUAUGUGUUGUUCGAAUUGUUGGUAAAGAUCAACCAAAAAUCAUCUAUAAACAAGAUGAAUUUGCGAAACUUGUGCAUAGUAUUCUCGCCUACUUUGAACAUACCCGUAAAUGUUAUCCAACCAUUUGUGGUUGACUUCAGUUGCAUUUUUGAGAAUGAAGAACCCGUCAGCGAUUCAUUGCGGGAGCAACUGACACUCAGUUUACCUCACAUGUAA